UGGUAAACCUGUAUGCAUGCAUCUCGCAGACCUGCGUACCCGCGUUAUAGAAAAACCCAAUUCCCGAACCAUCUUUAUCCUUGGACAGUAUCCCAGGACUACACAUACACUCCUAUUCUACUAUGGAUCGCACGAAACUCCCUUCUCAAUAAUACCACUGCCUCAGAAUGCCCGAAAUAUCCGAACAAGACUUGAGUGUCUGCACAUUCCCCACCAAGGAGGAUAUCCGACUGUUUGUGACGCAGUACAUGCAACUCCAGGGCAUCGUUUUGUCGGUAGAAAGGUCCGACGCCGCAAAGAUCAUCUUCAAAUGCAAAUUCUGUAGACCCGCCACGAAAACAGGAGUCACCCCCGUCGCAAAGACCAAAGAUACGCGCUCCAUCAGUAAGCAGCAGGUGCUCUACGAGACGCAAACAGCGCGGGCACGGAGCCGCAAGAACCCCCGGGACAACUGUCCUUUCCGCAUCAGAGCCAACUAUUCCCACAGGCGAAAGGUGUGGAGCAUCUCUAUUGUCAAUAACCAGCAUAACCACGAACUCGGGGAGGAACAGCACACGCCCCAUGCUCGAAAGGAAGGCGACUGGGAUACCAGGCUACUGAAGCAUGGAGAGGAUGACGAUGCCCCGACCAACCUCUUGGAUAGAGACACAUUCCAGGAGAUUUUGUUGCCCAAGUUGAAUCUCGACGGCCAGAGACGAAUCAACUUGGACGAUUACUUGAACAUUGAGACACUUCCAAGAAUCAAGUACAUGACGAACCCCUCUGGUGGCACCACUAAACUAGCCUCCAAGCACAAGAAAAGUGACACUCUGGUGCUACUGAAGCUUUUCACCACCUCAGAGCGGCAGGAACGGACCAACGAAGAUUUGUUCAACAGCCUUACCCGCGAAUUGUGGCCAUUCAAGCACUUACAAGCCCCAGAUAGCGCUACACCGCCGGUGGAGGAAGCCCCAGUCUUGCCCCAGAUCAAGCACCCCGCCACCAAACAGAAAGAUCUCACUCUUCCGUCGCUUGAGAACACCCUACCAGAUAUGAACCACCCGUUGGAGCCCAACCCCGCCUUGGAAAAGAUGUACAAGUCGUUCACGGAAACCCUCCACGAUCUCUUGUUCCCCACCGACCUGGCCCUCAGCCAUACAGAAAAAGUGACAUUGUUGAAGAACCUCACGGUCUCUGUGGCCACAACCGUCGAAGGCGCCUCAAAGACGAAAAGGAAACGAUUUGCAUCCACCAGGCCUGCCAAACCCACUGCCAGUCUGGGGUGGAACCCCCCUGUCUGGACCAAACCCGCGGAAAUAUCGACCCAGCAUACCAAAAGUGCGGGACUACCCCAUUCUCGCGUAAAACUCGCCAGAAUCACCCAUCGAUCGCAUGAUAAACAAAUCCCGGUUCCACUAGCUAGUCCUCGGAACGUGAACACCUUUUCAAGUUCAAACCUCCUCUCUCCAGCACCAUUAUCGUCGCUAAGCUCAGUCUUUGGAAGCGCCACCGAGCCUGUGGCAUCGAACCUCAACGUGUCCGACCCUUUCACCGGCCAUUCCGCCCUUUCAUUGAGCUCAACUUCGGGGAACGCAGUAAGCUUGCCUGCCUUGCCCCCCUUUAACGACAUCCAAUCGAUUGUACCUCUGUCAGCGAAGUCUGUGACCAUGCCCUUGCCCUCGUUGAACGACAUCAACAAGCUCACUGGAGGUAUAAAUCCAUCCAAUCUAGACGGGAACACGUUUGGCGGUGAUACAAGCACCAACGGGUACACCAUGUCGCUGCUUUCCUUGGGGAACUUGUUCAGCGCGCAGUUCAAGGACGUUUAUUCCGGUCCCAACACUGAUAAGGCAAACGAUGGGUCUCUAAACAUUUGGUAGCCGACUUAGCCUUCAAUAACGGUUUCUCAGCCCCAGACUAGGAUUCUAUGGCACGGUUAUUUAUAUAGCCAAUACGACAUCUCC